CUGUGAUUCUCUUGCUCUUCUCUCAAUAUAUAAGCAAUUCGCGAUCAGUGACUGAAUAUAAAGCGAAGCAGAAAUUAAUUCAGUAUCAUUUCUGUGCUGCGUCUCUUUGGAGAAGGACUAAGGAAGAAGCUAUUUGAAGUUAUUUUGUAAAAUGAAAAAUAAACUCAUAUUAUUUGGACUUUUCUUCGCGCUGCUCCAAGCGACAGUGUAUGGAAAACGGAAUGAGCCUGAUCCCCCCAUAAUCGAUGAGCCAUUGAAAAUUAACGUAGAUGCCGGGAAAGAGAGAGACAGUUGCGUGAGUUUGGCUAAAACAAUCGAAGAAAAGCAAAGUCUAAUAGAUGAUGCACUGAAUAGAAUGACAGCGAAAAUCGAAGCAAUGGAAGAAAGAAUAACCGCGGAAGCUAAAGCAACCGAGGAUAGGUGUACUCAACGAAUGACCGCGGAAGCCAACGCAACUGAGGAGAGAUGGAAUCAACGAUUGACAGAGGUGAUAAAAACAGCGGAAGGAAGAAUGUCUGCGGAAAUUACACGGUUGAAUCAGAAAGUAGUUGAGUUAAGCAACCAGCUUGCCAAAAGAACAGAUGUUGCCACACCUCAGAAACGUCCAGCAGAACUUGCUUGUGAAAAAAUAACUAAUGAUUUGCGAUCGAUUGAUCCCGUGACCUCGUUCAGUGCCUUUCUUUUUAAAUCUGACAGUGCAGUUGGCUUAUGUAGAGGCAAUUGGAUUGACAAACGGUUUUAUAUAACUGCAGCAGGUUGCGUAUCAACUGUCAAAUUUACGAAGAUAGAAGUGGGUUCAGAGCAUAAGGAAAUAAAGGCAGUUCACAUACAUCCCGAUUUCUCUUCAGAAACACCUUCCCUUAACAAUAUUGCUUUGAUUGAAAUGGUGAGUGAUUUGGACUACUCUUCCGAUUGGCAUCCAGUGUGCUUAUACACUUCACAAGUGAAUCCAGAGAGUUAUUUGAUGGGAUAUUUCGGAAAAAUUCAGAUUGUAGCAGACGGUGAAUGUUUUGAUAAGACCGGUGCUGACCUGAAGCCAUCUCAACUAUGUGCAAAGAAUUUGAAAUUUAAGCGCACUUUCCUUGGCAUGCCAAUAUACAAAGUUCAAGAAAAUUUCCCCAUACAUAAAUUGUUUGCAAUUGUCGCAAAGGAAUCUGACGAUUUUGAACCUUAUGUGAUAACAAAAGUGUUUGAUCACUUGGACUUUAUUGAAAGCAUUGUAUGGCCGAAGAAUGGCAACUGAGGUUCGAAAGUAGUAUUUUUCAAUAUUAAAAUUUGCAAAUAAAGUUAAACCGUUUAUUCAACAUA